UGCGCAAAGAAAAAAGCUUUCCGAAUGAAGUGAGUAAUAGAAUGGCGUUAACGUUCUUGUUUAUUUGAUUCGAUUUAUCUUAUUUUACAAUGAAAUACCUUUCGUAAAUCAAACUAUAGCUUUAGUUUUUACAAAGUGAAGUGUUUUUGUGUAAAUUAAUGUUUUUGGUGCCGCAAAAUUCGUGUAACGAGGCGUUUCCAUGGGCGUUAACUUCAGGCAUCUGAAAUCCAAGACUGAAAAAUGAAUCUCGACUUUAUUUGUAUAAGUUUAUUGAUAUUACAAUGUACGGCGCAAGACUACAACCCCACGUACAAUCCUGACGUGAACCAGCCCAACCCAACAAUAUCAAAUGACUACCUAAGUGGUCAGAAUGACCCUAGGUAUGACAACCCAUAUGACCCGAACAGAAGGUACCAAAAUAGGAACCAGUACAAUAAUAAUCAGAAUGUGUAUGAUCCAAAUCAGAGGUAUGACAAUAGGAAUGAUCCUAACCAAAGGUACGACACUAGGAAUGAUCCAGCGUACACUAAUCAGAACACAUUCAGCCAGGAUAAUACUCCUAGACCCUCAUGGGAUACUGGCAGGACGUAUAGUACCUCAUAUAAAAGUCCUCCCUUAGAACAGGACAGUGUCAUCAUCAAUGAAGCGACAUACUUCAUUGUAGCAUCUCGAAUGGUCAGGCCUGGCCAGAUCUACAAGAUCUCCGCCAACAUUCUGCAGGCCCGAUUGCAGAUGACUGUCCGUGCAUCCAUCGCCAGAGACGGAGUGGAGAUCGCUGAUGUGAUCCAGAGGGUCAAAGAGGGUGUGCCGGAAAUAUUGAAUAUGAGAAUCCCAGCUACUUCUGUACCAGGAGACUAUAAAUUGAGAGUGGAAGGCUUAUACCUGGAUAAUCCGUUUGGUGGCAGAGCAUUUGUGAAUGAGACCCAGCUUAUGUUCUCAAGGCGGUUCAUGACCAUUUUCAUUCAGAUGGACAAACCUGUCUAUAUGCAAGGACAAACAGUCCGAUUCCGCGCCAUUCCCAUAAACACGGAGUUGAAAGCUUUCGGCCGAGCCAUCGACGUUUAUAUUCUAGACCCCAAUGGGCACAUUAUGAAAAGGUGGCUUUCUAGACAGAGUAACUUCGGUACAGUCAGUCUGCAGUACCAGUUGUCAGACCAGCCUCUCUUCGGCAUGUGGACCAUCAAGGUGGAAGCGUUGGGACAAACGGAAGAAACACAGUUCCUAGUGGAAGAGUACUAUCAAACGCGCUAUGAGGUGAACGUAACAAUGCCAGCGUUCUUCUUCAACACGGACCCGUUCAUCCACGGGCGGAUCAUGGCCAACUACACGUCGGGCGCGCCCGUCCGCGGCAACCUCACGCUGAAGGCCACGGUGCGGCCCAUCCCGCGCUACCGGCCGCGCUACUACGACCGCGGCCAGUUCAACAACCGCGGCCAGUUCGGCCCGCCGCUGGGCCUGGGCUCCUCCUACACUAGAGAGGUGAGGUGUGACGCUCGAGGCCACGUGCGGCCCAUCCCGCGCUACCGGCCGCGCUACUACGACCGCGGCCAGUUCAACAACCGCGGCCAGUUCGGCCCGCCGCUGGGCCUGGGCUCCUCCUACACUAGAGUCCGUCCAAACUACAACCCGUACCUGUACAACGAGUCGGGCUACCAGCCUUACGACUACUACGGGCCGCUGGACGAGUACGGGCGCGCGGUCGAGCGCCGCGUGCUGCCCGGCCAGCCCAACCAGAUCGACCAGCCAGAUUGGGUCUACGACCUGCAGCAGGUCAAGACGAGGAUGUUCAACUUCCGAGGGCUACCAGCCUUACGAUACUACGGGCCGCUGGACGAGUACGAGCGGCGAGUGCUGUCCGGCCAGCCCAACCAGAUUGACCAGCCAGAUUGGGUCUACGACCUGCAGCAGGUCAAGACGAGGAUGUUUAACUUCUGUUCAAGCGAGGGCUACCAGCCGUAUGACAUCCACGGGCCGCUGGACGAGUACGGGCGGCGAGUGCUGCCCGGCCAGCCCGACUGGGUCUACGACCUGCAGCAGGUCAAGACGAGGAUGUUCAACUUCUAUGACUACUACGGGCCGCUGGACGAGUACGGGCGGCGAGUGCUGCCCGGCCAGCCCGACUGGGUCUACGACCUGCAGCAGGUCAAGACGAGGAUGUUCAACUUCCGAGGGCUACCAGCCUUACGAUACUACGGGCCGCUGGACGAGUACGAGCGGCGAGUGCUGUCCGGCCAGCCCAACCAGAUUGACCAGCCAGAUUGGGUCUACGACCUGCAGCAGGUCAAGACGAGGAUGUUUAACUUCGAUGAAAAAUACCCGUUCUGGAUGACAAAACCAGACCCACUGCAGUACAUCAACCAGAACAACCCCGACUACAAUAACUAUCAGACCAGCACUUCAUCAUACAGCAGCUAUUACAACACACCUUACGAUCAGCUGCCUUACUUGAGAUUUUUCAACGGCACCUACGACUUCAAAUACCCAAUGUCGGAGCUGGCGCAGUUAGUACCAGACUUAGACGGCGUGGAGGUCAUCAUCACAGCGUCUGUGGGCGACCCUUUCCUGGAUGAGGUCAUCGAGGGCUACAGCAUCGCCAGGAUAUUCAACUCCUCGCUGCAAGUGUCAGUGUUAGGAGGCACGCCGCAGGUCUUCAAGCCGUCCAUGCCCUUUGAUGUCUACAUGGUGGUAUCAUACCACGACGGCUCGCCGCUGCCUCCAUGGCAAGCGGCCGGCGUAUCUUUGGUGGUGAACCUGCAAGUCGAGGGUCGCGGAGGCAAUGUAGAACCGCAGUACCCCACGCUAGUAGCGGGACACGAGGCUGUAUGGCAUCUGCGAUUGGACCUAUACAAGCUGCUCAAGUUGGAGCGCGACCCGAACUACCGUGACGUGCUGAACAGCAUCACGGGCGUGCGACUCAGUGCUCAAUUAACAGACGCGCGCGGCCAGCACGCCGCGGCCGACGCGCACUUCGUGGCGCACUACAGCGCGCGCGACCAGCACCUGCGGAUUUCCACCUCCACCACCGACGCCAGGGCCCCCUCCAGGGCACUUAAACACGUCCCAAAUAUAGUUCGCCCUACCACCACUUUGGGACAAAAUAUGGGCAACAGCAUCACGGGCGUGCGACUGAGCGCGCAAUUAGCGGACGCGCGCGGCCAGCACGCCGCGGCCGACGCGCACUUCGUGGCGCACUACAGCGCGCGCGACCAGCACCUGCGGAUUUCCACCUCCACCACCGACGCCAGGGUCGGCGAGUACAUAAUAUUCCACGUGCAAAGCAACUUCUAUAUGGAAACAUUCAACUAUGUGGUGAUGUCCAAAGGCAUCAUUUUGACGACGGCACAAGAGAUCAUGCAGGACGGCGUACGCACGUUCGCCGUGACGGUGUCGGCUGAGAUGGCGCCGGUCGCGACGGUGGUGGCGUGGAGCGCGGACCGCCGCCGCCACGUCAUCGCCGACUCGCUCACAUUCCCCGUCAACGGCAUCUCCCGCAACAACUUCACAGUGUACGUGAACAACCGCAAGCACCGCACGGGCGAGCGCGUAGAAGUGGCAGUGUACGGCGAGCCGGGCGCGUACGUCGGGCUGUCCGCCAUCGACGACGCCUUCUUCACCAUGCAGGCCGGCAACGAGCUCACCUACGCCAAGGUGAUCUCCAAGAUGGCGCACUUCGACGAGGCCACUAAUGGCACGUUCGCGUACACGUGGCGCUCGCACUUCGGCGACGCGGACGAGCUGGUGUACUUCCCCGCCUCCACCUUCGGCGUGGACGCCAACCGCACCUUCGAAUACGCAGGCCUAGUAGUAUUCAGUGACGUGGCGGUCCCGCGGCGACCGUCGGCCUGCAACGCCACCGCGGGUUUCCUCGAGUGCUUAGAAGGCGGCUGCUUCCACCAGUCCUCGCGCUGCGACGGCAAAGUCGACUGUAGCGACCGCACCGACGAGUCUAACUGCCAGCACGACGACUGGUUCGAGCUGAGCCACUUCCGUCAGUUCCGCUUCAACCGCGUGCAGCGCCAGUACGACAACGUGUGGCUGUGGCGCGACAUCAACAUCGGCCCGCACGGCCGCACCGUGCUGACCGUCGACGUGCCGCAGGUUCCUGCUCACUGGACUAUCUCCGCGUUUAGUAUGUCACCGACAUUGGGAUUGGGCAUGUUACACACACCUAUUCGCUAUUCUGGCGUGCUACCAUUCUUCAUCAAGGUAGAAGGCCCCGACGAGUGCAGGCAGGGCGAGCAACUAGGUUUGCGAGUGGUGGUGUUCAACUACCAGCCGCAAGCUAUCGAAGCCGUCGUUGUUUUGGCGGCAUCUAGCGACUACAAGUUCGUGCACGUUGAGGAGAAUGGCAUUGUGCGCUCCUACAACCCGCGCACGUCAUUCGGCGAGCACCAGUUCUUCGUGUGGAUCGCGGCGGGCGACGCGGCCACCGUGCACGUGCCCGUGGUGGCCACGCGCCUCGGCCGCGUGCACGUGCGCCUGCACGCCUCCACGCUCAUGGGCCAGCACCACUACACCAAGACAAUCAACGUGCUGGCGGACGGCCUCCCGCAACACCGGCACCAGUCCAUCCUCCUAGACUUGUCGAACCGCGCCUACGUGUUCCAAUACAUGCACGUCAACGUCACGGAAACGCCCGUCAUCCCGUACGAGGUCGACCGCUACUACGUGUUCGGGUCCAACCGAGCGCGUGUGUCUAUUGUGGGAGAUGUGGUGGGCCCGCUGUUCCCAACCAUGCCCGUCAACGCCUCCAGUCUACUGCAGCUGCCCAUGGACUCAGCCGAACAGAACAUGUUCAGUUUCGCAGCGAAUAUGUACCUGACGCUAUACAUGCGGCUCAUCAACCAGCGCAACCGCACGCUUGAACACGAUGCCUUCUACCACAUGAACAUCCUCUACCAGCGCCAGCUGUCCUUCAUGAAGCCCGAUGGUUCCUUCAGCCUGUUCCGGAGCGACUGGAAUCAAUCAGCGUCGAGCGUCUGGUUGACGUCAUUCUGCGCGAAGAUCUUCCAAGACGCGAGCUUCAACGAAUGGGAGAACUUCAUCUACAUUGAUCCGAAUGUGAUUUCCUUGGCCGUGGACUGGGUGCUACAACACCAGCUGCCGCACGGAGCCUUCUACGAGGUGACGUGGCUGCCGUCACGCAACGACAACUCCACGCUGCACGUGCCUGCCGCUGAGCCCGUCGCCGCGCAACUGCUGGCCGACCCCAACAACCCCGCUGUGCUGGUAAAUAAUACGGUGAUAUCGCAGCGUAACAUUACGCUGACGGCCCAAGUUGUGAUCACGCUGGAAACGGUCAAGAAUCUCAAGGACAUUGGAAUACGAGAGGGUCUAAGCGCGCGCGUGGUGCAAGCCCAACAGCGCGCCAUCUCAUACCUGGAGAAGCAGCUGCGUUUACUGGACGAGUUCGGCGAGCCCUACGCUCUAGCGCUCGUUGCGCACGCGCUCACGUUCUCCAAGGCGCCCAGUUCUGAACACGCAUAUCGCUUGCUCAAGCGCCGCCAGCGAGCAGAAGGUGGGCUCGUAUACUGGGGUCGCGAGCCAGUACCGCCGCCUCCCUACAAGAUGGAGAACCAGAAGCCUUUCCUUCUCCCUCGUCUGCCCUACAAGUACGACUCCAACAACAUCGCGGCCACGGCAUACGCGCUUCUGGCCUGCAUGGACCACCAGGACAACAACGAAGCCAUCGUCAUGUGGCUCAAUGCGCAGCGGCUGCAUGACGGCGGCUGGGCCUCCACACAGGACACAUACAUAGCUCUCCGAGCACUGAUCGAAUACACGAACCGCAAGCGGCUGCGUGACGUCAGCGCAUUAGCUCUGACCAUCGACGCGGUGGCGCUCAACGGCUCCUCGCGGGUGCUGCACAUCGACAACAACAACCUGGCCGUCAUGCAGAGCGUCGAUAUUCCCGAAGCCUGGGGUACAGUGAAAGUGACGGCGCGCGGCGCGGGCUACGCCAUCCUUCAAAUGAGCGUGCAGUAUAACGUGGACGUGGCGCGCUUCCAGACCGACCCGCCUGUGCGGGCCUUCCACCUCGCGCACCAGCCGCUGCGAUACUACGGCCGGAAUCAGUCGCAUAUAGAGAUGCAGUCUUGCGCCAGCUGGAGCCUGCUCUCGGAGUCUCCUCGCUCGGGCCUGGCGGUCCUGGACGUGGGGAUCCCCACAGGCUACAUGAUCCAGCAGCAGCGGCUGGACGCCUACGUGCUGUCGCGGCGCGUGCGCACGCUGCAGCGCGCCAAGUACACGCCCUCCAAGCUCACCUUCUACUUCCACUACCUGGACCACGAGCCGACGUGCGUGAAUUACACCAUCGAGCGCUGGUACCCGGUCGCCAACAUGUCCAGAUAUCUUCCUGUGCGUGUCUACGACUAUUACGCGCCUGAGCGCUACAACGAGUCGAUAUUCGACGCGCUGCCGACGUACCUACUUAACAUCUGCGAGGUGUGUGGCUCUUCGCAGUGCCCCUACUGCGCCAUCUACAACGCGGCGGCGCGCGCCUCGUCCGCUGUCCUGCUGGCAUCUGUCGCCGUCGUCGCCUGCCUCGUAACGAGAGCGUUGGCCGCGCCCUAGCACACAAACAGAACUCGACAACAGCGGGGUUACUCCCAAAAACGUUAUCCAGUUUCGAAUGCUGCCUUCCCUCGCACGUAAUGAAAUGCCAGCAUGAGCGACAGUGACAGAUAGACUCGAAACUACGUAAACAGCGAUGGAGUAGCCCUGCAAAUGUAAUACGACCGAAACUUUUAAUGCUAAACGGGCCAUAUUCCACUUGGUCCGGUUAUAACUGGUAUGAAUACAGGUUAUCUGUUGACAGUUUUACACCUAAGUAAUUUUAUAGAUGGCUCGAGCUAAAACCUGUGUAGACCUAUUAAAUGUCACUGCUUUAAAAAGCAUCAAAACUACUGCGUACAACCUCUGGUAUUGUUGUCAGAAGCGGUAGGUCUAACCAAUUAUAACAACUGCCGUUAAUAAUUGCCACACCAUAGCCGGUGGUUUUAAGGUUAAGCCAAACACCAACGCGAUCAGCCGGCGUGCAGCGAUGGCGAUCAGACUUAAAUGCAUUGAUCGCCAUCGCUGCACGACGACUAAUCGCGUUGGUUUGGCUGAACGCUUAGUAAACACCACGCUUAUUCGACAUCACCUUACUAAACCUUGCGGUAAACAAUAUAAUAUGUAAUCAUAUCUAGUUUCAUUUCGCGAAGGCGAGUGGGCUCUACGCAUGUUUUAAGAGUAUGCUGAUAUGAGAUGAUCGAUCUUAAAAAUGGCAGCCCAAAAUAUUUCGCGUAAUCUGUAUGUCACGCGCAACUAGAUUGGAAAAUUGAUAUUUUUACAAAUUCUUGAAGAAAUUAGAUAAUAUUAACGCGUACAAUACUAUCGAUUGUAUUCGUAACCAGUGAUACUAAAAUCUGCAUAAAAUUCUUAUUAGAAAUUAAGGAUUAAUCGUGAAAACUGUGUGACAAUUUGUUAUUUACCUAAUUAUCUGCGAUAAAUUAUUUGUGUUUCAUUGGAACUUUCCAAAUUAUUUUUAAUUUUAGUAUUUCACGCCACAUCUGGCCUAAAUGUAUUAAUAUUUAGUAUGUUUGUAUAUUGUAAUAAUAUUUCUGUUAUUAACCACCGUUUAAGAUUUAGUUUAUUGAAUCAAAUUGCUAAAAACUUCCAUGUGUAGCAUUAAAUAUUGUUGUAAUAGUAGAUAUAUUUUUGUUGUGCUGGACAUUAACAAUACUUGCUGUAUGUAGUGAAUGCUUGUUACCAGUUGCAGCUCAGAAGUAAUCUCAUUGCAAUCAAAGAAUCUCAUUUUCUUCUCUGUUAUCUACCUUUUCUGCUGUAUCAGGUGAUUAUUCCUUAUUCCAUUCCAAACUAGUAGUAGUGUUAGAUGUUAAGUAGUGUUCAGUCUAGAUUUAUUUUCCAUUUUGUUUUGUACAAACUCCUGAUACUUCUAUCAAGUAUUCUAAUAUAUCCUUCUGUGAAAUUUACCCUAAAAUUAUGUACCAUUUACAAACAAAACUUCCAUCUUUUGCAUAGUCGGUGCUCUGAACAUUUCAGCUUGUUUAACCACAUAAUAAUAAUCGGCAGCUACAUAUCAAUAUUUGAAAUCUAAAUUUUAAUAAUUUAAUGUAAAAGCAUUUGAUGCAGACAAAAGAAAUUAUAUGAAGUCAUAUAUACCCAUGAUGCAAUAAAUCAGUUGAAAGUAGUCAAUAUUUUUUAUGUAAAUAUUUUGGAUAUUGAGUAAAGAUAGUGUAAGUGAAACUUAAUUAUGAAAUGUGAAUUAUAUUUUUAGUAAAAUGACAAAAAAUCAUACCAAAAUUAAAUAUCACAAAAUAUCAAAUGCCUUACUAGCAUAACAAUGGAAUUGAGUAUGAUAAUAUUCUAAAAUUUAAAAUAGUGGAAUCAAAACAUAUUUCACAAGAUUUAUUUAAGUAGUGUAUAAGAAAUGUAUUUUAUUUUGUAUCAAUUGAUAUUUAUUACUUUGUCAUUUUUGCAUGCAGUGCUACGAUGAAUGAUAUUUGACAAUAUAUUUUUAUCAUUAUAUUAAAUGGCUGAAUGUACCAUUAUGUACAAAUGUGCCCGUCCAAAAUUCAAUAACUUAUCAUGAUAGAAUUAAAGAAGUCUAUAAACUUGGAGAGAUAGUAUUUUAAGGUCAUAGAUGUGUAAAAAACAUGUUACUUAAGUAGUUUCCGUCCAAAAUUACCCAUGACUGAUUUCUUUUUUACUUUUGUAUGUAUUUGAGUGUAAUAUUUUUUCUUAAGUUGUUACACAAACCAAGUUAAUGUAAGUGUGGUGAAAUCUCAUUAUUGACAUUUACAUAGAUUUAUUUCUAAAUAAAAAACUUAAAAGUA